AUGGUCUCUGAGCAGGACUCGAGCUCUGAGCAGGAUCUCAAAGCUAGCGCGACAGGCGCGGCAGAACAAGCGAGGAACAGAACGCACGCGAGCCACUGGAGCGUUUUGCGGCAGCGCGGGGCAAUUUGUUCCGAGGUUGAGGAUACGCCUGAGUUCUCAGAGGUGUUUCUUCCUUUGCCCAACAAAAGCCACUUCUUGACUUGGGCGCCUGCGGGCGGCCUUCUCUCGAGGCUCGGUUUGAGCCUUGCCACCCUUUAUGUCACCAGUGCCGUCGCCUUCGCUCCUCCGCUGGGGAAGCCCGCUCCCGCCGCCAGCCGCGCCGUGGUGGUGCAGUCGUCCGAGCAGCGGCCCGGGCAGGAGCCCGGAGAACCACCCGUCGCAGAGCGACUGGCCGGUGCGCUAUCGUCGGAGCAGCAGCCGUUCUCCCCGCGUUCGGCCGUCGGUGCGGCGCUGUGGACCGGCGCGGCCGACGCUGCGGCGCUGCUCACCUUUGCCGCAAUUGGCCGCGGCAACCAUAACUCAGCCGACGGCUCUGUGCUGACGACCGCCGCCCCGUUCCUGCUGGCGUGGUUUGCGGUCAGCCCCGCCGUUGGUGCAUUCCCUGCCAAUGCCAGGACGGUGCGCGAUGCCGUGCUCCCCCUCCUUCCCGCGUGGGCGCUCGCGGUGCCGGCUGGCUGCUUCUGCAGGGGCCUGCUGCAGGACCGGCUGCCGGCUUCGCCCUUCUGGAUCGUAGCCUUGAUCGCGACGGCGGUGCUGCUCAGCGCGGGCCGGCUGGCGCUGCUCCAGAUCUCGGAGGGCGAGCGCGCCAUCGACCGCUUCGUCGCCGCCAUCGUAGACGAGGAUGGUGGGGACGACGACUUUUGA